UUCUUUUACAAGACGCCAAAUGUUGUAAAAUACAUUUUCUGUAAAUAGAUAUAAGUGGAAAUUGUACAUUUUUUUUAUAUCAGUAUUAUAAAAAAUAUGCGUUAUGGCUCCUCCAUUCAUACGGGAUGCAACAAGUGGUUUUUGGGGCUAUCCAACAUCAACAAUGGAUUGGUGCGAAGAAAAUUAUGCUUCAACACCAUUGGUUGCAGAGUUUUGGAAUACCAUUAGUAAUGUUGUUUUCGUUGUUCCGCCGUUAAUUACAGCAUAUCAUAUCAAGAAAUACAAAUUAUUAGAAGACCGAUUUAUCUUAUCGUUAUGUUUACUGGCAACUGUAGGGAUUGGUUCAUUUGCAUUUCACUCUACAUUGUUGUAUCACUCACAGCUUCUUGAUGAACUACCAAUGAUAUAUGGUACCUGUGCAAUGCUCUACACAGUAUUGGAAUGUAAAGGGAAAGAAAACGUAACAAACCAAGCUUUGAUGGUCGUGUUGUCGUUACUCUCUUUUCUGGUGACGAUUAUUUACAUCGGGUUAAAGAACCCUCUAGUUUUUCUUUGGUGCUAUGGUUUGAUGGCUGCGACACUUCUUGUUCUUCAUAUUCGAGCCUGCAUAAAAUAUGAAGGUUCAAAAAAACUAUUAGCUUGGUCAACUUUAAGUUAUGGACUUGGUUUCAUUCUGUGGAAUAUUGAUAAUGAAUUUUGUUAUCAAGUACGCGAUAUUCGUGCCAGUCUACCAGGUUUUCUUCAACCAUUGAUACAACUUCACGCUUGGUGGCACGUCCUUGCUGGUAUUGGUACAUUCUUAAGCAUUACAUUCUGCAUAAAUCUCCGCAUCAAAUGUUUGGGGUUCACACCACAAGUAAAGUUUCUGCAAGGUUUUAUUCCUUAUUUCGAAAAAAAACACGUGUCGAAGAAACAUCAAGUUGACAUCAAUGGUAAUACACCUUCAGUAAAACUAAAAAACAGGAAAAAUCCCGUGGAAAAUUUUACACGACUUUUAUAAAUGUAAUAUCGGAAAAUACCAUUUAACACCACACAAACUUACUUUUGAUUGGCUGAUGUUUAUAAUGGACAAUUUUGAUUGGUCUAUUGCCGUGCUUUCCUCCAGCUGUGGUUUCACUGAUGUAGUUGAUUUAAUAAUAUUGAAAUGAUUUUGAAAUUAUUGUCACGAAUCUUCUUGCUUUUUAUUAUUUAGUAUUAUUAUUUAGAAUUAGUAUUUAUUAGUUAUAUUUAACACUUUGUAUAUAUUUAUUCCCUCUCCCAAACGACAAUUUUUCUCCCCUUUCUGACCACACAUUUUUUGUAUGUAAGAAUCAACACUUGUAAAUAAUGCUUGAUCAAAAAUUACACCUUACGUUGUAGUUCGAAAAUCCUACAGAAUAAUAUUUCUUGCCUGUACUCCUUGUGGAAGUUUUUCUGAAGGCCGCCCAUUUGAAAAAACAUACAAACGCAAAAUAUUUGAUAUAUAAAUCCCGCACAACAUAACUAGUUUGCCAUUAAACUGUAAAAUUAAGCCCUGCAAAAAUUAUUCUGCAUUAAUUAGCCUUCUUAAGUAAGAUUCAAACUUGAUUUAAAAUUUUAUUUCAAGUCUGUCGCAAAGACUGCAUCCUCAUUUACCGUAAUUAUUUUUACCUGAACUUUUAGAUCAUUUUUUGGAAAUUAAAUUGGUGUAUUUAGAAAUUCAUGUAUACUUGAGACAGUGGAAACUUUUAUAACACAACGGAACCUCCAGAAAGUGUCAAACUCUCUUUCUAAACAUAUUUAAAAAUCAUACAGACUCGAAUAAGAACCACAUUUUGUGAAUUCCGUUUUUUCUGCUUGCUUUUGUUGUGAGCCGAUGGUUGUGAAGUUAGAUGCCGAUUUGAUUCGCCGCUUUUAACUUUUUAAAAAGAUGAAGAAUUCGUUAGAUCUUUGUUUCGUGACAUAUUUUUUCUUUCUAAUUUUUGUACAGUACGAUCAUUUAGUUCAAUUGUGAACAGAUUCUUAUAUUUUCUUUUUGUUGUUUUUUCUGUAAAAAAUGUAAUAGUAAUUCUUGUGACAGAAUGCUGAAGUUGUUCUCUUGAAGCAAUGUAUGGGCUCAAUUCA